UCAGCGUUCCCUCAAAUGCUUCAAGAUGCUUAUUUACGAUCCCACAAAAGCGACAAACGCGAACAGGGACCGUAUAUAAAUGUUGGUAUUGCCUCCGUCGCGACAGUCUCAACGUACUCCCUCGACAUGGCAACGAUUAGCGCCGAUUCGUCUUGCUGUUUGACCGACUCGACCAAGUCACAGGUCUGCUCCGUCAAAGAGAAACCAGUCGCUCCUCUGUCCGACUCCGACAUCAAUAAGAUCGUCGAGCGAAAACUUCUCUCGAAUAACUUUCGCGUUUUACACUGGAGUUUGGAUAACUUAGGGGAGAUAAAUGGUUUCUUGGGCUUGUACUAUACUCUCUCCGUUACGGUGAAAAUCGAUGACAAAUCGAAGCAUUUCAAAUUCUUUGCAAAGACACCGCCACCAACCGCCAGUCCACAGUACGAUUUUCUAGUCCGCAGCAAUACGUUCAAUAAGGAGAUCGCUGUCUAUAGUGAGAUAGUGCCGAAGAUGGGCACAGGAAGCGGUCCCAAAUGGUUGCCCGAUUAUUAUUUUGGCAAGAAUAACGUUAUAAUAGUUUUGGAGGACGCCGGGCAAAACGGAUACGUUAACCUGGACAAAUAUCUGCCGUUCGACGAUGAACACUGCAUUCUGGUAGCAAAGACGAUCUCGAUUUUACACUCGAGAUCCUUGAUCCUGGACGAGAAGCUUCGCCGUAGUACCGGUCAAACGAUUUUUGACCUUUACGGCGAGUACCUGGAGGAGGUGGCUUUCAUCGAGAGCGAUCUGGCGGCGCAGAAGUAUCUCUCCUCGUGCAUCAAAGGCGCAUGCACUAUAGUUGAUAUGAACGAGAAGCUGAAGGACGAUGAGGCGACUCUUAUUAAGAAUUGGAUAACCAAGUGGGUACAGAGGUUACCAGAAUUGCUGAAGACGUCGAAUAAAUUCAGAAACGUGAUGUGUCACCGGGAUCUAUGGCCAAAUAAUAUCAUGUUCAAGAAAGACUCUAGCGGUAAGUCGAUCGGGUGUUACCUGAUAGACUUCCAAUUCCUGCGAUACUCUCCGCCUGCGAUCGAUUUUGUGAUCUGUUUCCUGUUGUCGACCGAUCGUGCUACUAGACGUCGAUGCAACGAGUCGCUUAUCAACGUUUACUGUGACACCAUGAAGAAAGAAUUGGCCGCGGAAGGUCUCGAUGUUGAGGAUUGCUUACCUCGCGCGCAAUUCAUCGAGAGCUGCAAGGACACUCAAGGCCUGGCAUUGGCAUAUACGGUCGCCAACAUGCAAAUAAUGUUACUAACGCGACAAGCUGUGGAAGAAUAUUUUAUAGGAUCUACCGAUCAACUGGAGUACGUCGUGUACGGUGAUCGACGCAGCGAUCUCGUUAAAAAUCAAUGCCGCAUUAUGAAAUCCUAUCAGCCGCGUAUUACAGAGGUAAUAGAAGAAAUUAGAGAGUAUUUGGCAGCUAAUCCGGACAAAUGCUAGCGGACGAGAAAGAAAAGCACGGGUCAUUGGUUGUUUCCUUGGCACGUUGGUCAUUUGGUACUUGUAUUAUCGUCUGUGAUAAAAUGUGACAUUAAAAUGAGAGCAGAAGAGAGGUUGUUUCUACGAUUCUAGGUUCUACGAUUUGCCGAUGAAAUGAUCUAUUUCGCCUUCUCGUCGUCCAACGUUAUAGUACAAAUAUUUUAUUCGAAGGAUUUAACGCGGUCACAUGCGUGGGCUCGUAACUUUGUUACACGCAGAAUCGUUAAGAAAGCGAAUUUUCUACUCAAAACCAUUGUGUGAUACGACGCUUUGCCGGCUUAAACGACGUCAUCGUUCUCCGUUAGGCGAACUUUGUCGUAAAAGGGAAAAGGGAUUACGGGUCGUAAUAAACUUUGUAGAAACCCUGCGAGAGGCGGAAAGAUAGGAACCUCUAAUAUUUAAAGUAACUUUUCGCCGUAAUCUUAACUCCUUACAGACUCAAUACAGCUCAUGGCUGCCACGAGCUGUAUCGUCUUUUGUAUCAGCGAACGUCGAAAAAUAUGGCAUCAUACUAAUAAAAUAAAGUCGGUUUUAAUGGAUAUUUACAUUUUCCUAUGCACAGUAUGUCUAGUUUAAAUAUACUCUAACUAUUAAAUGUACGAUAAUAUUCUUUAAAUGGAAGUUGCCUGAUUUGAUAGAAGAAACUUAAUAGAAUAUUUGAAUCCCUUUUUGGAUCGUUGUUGAUAAAGUCUCGAUAUCUACGUACCUUUCUUCGAUGGAACUAUAAUGUUUACAAGAAGCAUUUCUGCACACCCUUAUUCCAUUUUUUGUAAUCGUAUGAAAGUACUUGUAAAUAAUAUAAAUUUUAUUGUUUCUUAACUACUGUAUUUUAACCAAAGAAAAUGGACAUUUCGUAUGUUACCAACUAUUUUUCAUUUUAGUAAUUAAUUGCUCGUAUUGUCCCUUCGUUUCCUCGUAUUUAAAUUUGUGCAACCCUACGAGCAAUUCAUGGAUCAAGAGCGUUUCAGAAUGUUGAAAAAUAUUCCAAUGUGGGAGAAGGGAUAGUCGGAUUCAAUUGUUGACAAAUUUAUCCUUGUGCAAUAAUCGAGCAGCCGAUAUUCCUCGUUCGCGAAAUGAGGAACACCCAGUUCUAUUCAAUGGCCCGUAAUGUUAUGUCAGAUUAAAGCAGAAGUUCGUUUUACUGCCGGCAAUUCGAAGCAGCCGUAAUCGCUUUUAUGUCGGGCUAAUGACAUAACCGUGAAACGUAAAUUGCCCUACCUAUCAAUGACAGGCUUGAUACUAUUCUAUUGUAAAUACAAUAAUGCAUGAACGCGUUGUCAUUGUUUCCUUUCAACUAUCCCUCUAUUUUCACCAACUGGUACGUUUCACGUAUUCGAUUUUUUCCAUCCAAAUUGCGCUGGAGUUUGUAAGCUGUUCCUUGACAGUGUAUACACAAUAAACAGAAAGAUGAA